GCGGUUGCGCGCGCGCGCCGGCCGGCCGGCGGGCCUCCCCGGACAGCCCCGGGGCGCGCUAUGAAAUCGGCUGUGAGCCUGCGCCAGGGUGGAUCGGGCAGCAGCCGGAGCAGCAGCUGGAGCGGACGGCGCGAUGGCAGUAAGGGACGCAGAGACGAUAGCGGCCGCUCGGGGAGCAAGGGGCGCUCGGGGAGCAAGGGGCGCAGCUCCAGCGCCAAGGGGCGGCGCGCCGGCGGCUCGGGGCGCAGCGGCGGCGGCGGCAGCGGCUCGGGGAGCCAGGGGCGCAGCGGCGGCGGCGGCUCGGGGCGCCAGGGGCGCAGCGGCAGCAAGGGGCGCCCGGGGGGCCAGGGGCGCUCCGGUAGCAAGGGGCGUCCGGGGCACCCGGGCCGUGCGGGGAGCAAGGGCCGUGCGGGGAAUAAGGUUCAUGCGGGGGGCGCGCUACGUGCGGGGGGUGCCGGUGGGUACGGGGGGCCGCGGGCACGCGGCUUCGGAGGCGGCGGCCGGGGCCGGGGCCGCAGCGGCGGCGGCGGCGGCGGCGGCGACCCCCGCGAGCAGCAGCGGGGUGGGCAAUGGCGCGCCGGCGUGGUCAAGAACAAGAACCGCCGCCGCAAACGCGCCGCCAACCUGAUCACGGUGGAGCCGCACCGGCACGCGGGCGUGUUCAUCUACCGCGGCGGCGCCGACGCGCUGGUCACGCUGAACCUGGUGCCCGGCCACUCGGUGUACGGCGAGCGGCGCGUGACGGUGAUCGAGGGCACCGAGAAGGUGGAGUACCGCAUGUGGAACCCGUUCCGCUCCAAGCUGGCCGCGGCCAUCCUGGGCGGCGUGGAGCAGAUCCACAUCAAGCCCAAGUCCAAGGUGCUGUACCUGGGCGCCGCGUCGGGCACCACCGUGUCGCACGUGUCCGACAUCAUCGGGCCCGAGGGCCUCGUCUACGCCGUGGAGUUCUCGCACCGCACGGGCCGCGACCUGGUCAACGUGGCCAACCGCCGCACCAACAUCAUCCCCGUGCUGGAGGACGCGCGCCACCCGCUCAAGUACCGCAUGCUCAUCGGCAUGGUGGACGUCAUCUUCGCCGACGUGGCGCAGCCCGACCAGUCGCGCAUCGUGGCGCUCAACGCGCACACCUUCCUGCGCAACGGCGGCCACUUCCUCAUGUCCAUCAAGGCCAACUGCAUCGACUCCACCGCCUCGCCCGAGGCCGUGUUCGCGUCCGAGGUCAAGAAGCUGCAGCAGGAGAACCUCAAGCCGCAGGAGCAGCUCACGCUGGAGCCCUACGAGCGCGACCACGCCGUGGUCAUCGGGGUCUACCGCCCCUCGGGCAAGAGCGGCGGCGGCGGCGGCGGCGGCGGCAGCAGCGGCGGCAACUAG